UGAUAAUUUAUUUCCAAUGAUUUCCUUCUGCAUGUGCCCGCGCUGUGGUACAAUAGUGGGAGGGGAUGUUAACUGAUGGGUAGAUACAGUCUAUGUUUGUUUGUUCUCUCUCUCUCUCUCUCUCUCUCUCUCUGGAGUGUAUUCUGGGAUCCCGGAGCCAAAACAGGAGUUGCCUCAUUUCACUAUCAAACGAGGCCACGACAAUCUACUCCUCAACACAGCAACAUUGUCAACCAGACUCCCAAUGGAACACAAUGUCUUCAUGGAUUCCUCCGGCGGCAAAACUCAUUUUCUCCUGUUCGGGAUAUGCAUCCUGGCUAUCGGCACUUGCGGAGCUGUUACGAUUACCGUGCCAACUGAAUUGGUCCAGGGGAUUGUUGGGCAAUCUCUCCAACUCCCUGUGAACUACACCACUGGAACUAAGGAUCAGAAGAUUCAGAUAACCUGGACUUUCCAAAGCCAGUCUUCGGGUUCCAUGCUUCUGGUGACAGCUACAAACAACACCUUGACCCCUGACAUGGAGCAUGGCCACAGGUUUUUCUUGUCUCCUCCCGAUGCGACACUGUUAAUUAACCCAGUAGAAUUGUGUGAUGAUGGUGAAUAUACCAUAAAAGUGACUGUCUCUGGAGAGAAGAUGGCAUCAGCUAGUCGACAACUGACCGUUCAUGUCAAUGUUCCGGUGUCUAAACCAGUGGUGCACAGCGAUCCGGCCUGGGGUGCAGUGGAGUAUGUAGACAAUGCAACACUCACAUGCACUGUCAGCAAAGGGACAAAGGUCAUUUAUCAAUGGCUGAAAGAUGGAAAGCCACUCCCAGCAAGUAAUCGUCACAUCUUUUCCGCCGACAACAAGAUGCUGUUCAUUUCCCCUGUUGUAAAAGACGACCUGAGUAAUUACACCUGUGUGGCAAAGAACCCGAUUAGCAUAAAUGAAAGUGAACCGAUAGCACCCAAUAUUUACUAUGGGCCCUAUGACUUGAUGGUGAAGUCUGAACCCCGAUUCAAAAUUAGUGAAGGGGUUUUUGCUGUUGGCAAAGGAGAACCAGUGUGGUUUAAAUGUUCGGCAAAUUCCAACCCACCAAAUGUCUACUCAUGGUUCCAAAAAGCCAACAACAAGACAACACCUAUCCAUCGAGGUCCAGUAUUAAAUAUCAUGUCUGAGAAAGUCCCAGAGAAAGCUGAUUACAUGUGCUGUGUCUACAACAAUAUCACCGGCAAACGGGAUGAAACUCAAUUCACACUCAUUCUCUCUGCUACUGGUCAAGAAAAACAGAAACAAAAAACCAGUUCCCUUCACUCAUUGGUAAUAAUUGUUGGAUUGACUUUGACUCUGAUUGGCUGCAUACUUCUUUACUUCAUUCUGAGAAGAUGCUUUCCUCGAAAAGUUGUCAAGAAGGAGCCAUACCACAGGUCACGAACAGAUUAUAUACGAGCACACCAAGUAUCAGUUGAACAAGAACCUUCUAUGGAUGAUUAUGGAAUAUAUGAAUUUGUUGCUGUGCCAGAGCCAGCAGAGUUUCCACAGGUUCCACCAGAUAAAUUAAGCACCGUGUACGAUAUUAUUCGAGUACCAGACAUCCACACAGUUUAUGAAGUCAUUUGCCAGACACCAAAAACAUCUUGAUGUUGGACUGAUCUCAACAGUUGGAUGCUGUAUUUUCCACAUGCCAGAAGACUGCGACAGUUGUGCUAUGACUGUGUGUUUUGACAACAAACUAUAAAGACAGCCAAGGUCAGAACAACAAGAAGCUGAACCUUUUACUGUCCAGCAGCUGGUGAAUCAUUUCUUCUCAAAACAGAAAAAUCACUGAAGCAGCUUGCAAAGCAUUUAUUCAUCAGCAAAGUUUUAAUAAUUUAACUUUUAAACUUUCAGCAUAAAAUGUAAUAAACAAUAGGGAUUAAGUUAAUGACUAAAUGAGAUUAUCAGAAAAUAUCUUUCAUUUUUAACUGUUAUCCAUAAGAUGUAUUUAUUCUAAAACUUAAACUGUCAUUUUGUGCAGGGAUUGGUUUACAUUUUCCGUGAGAAUCUUAUACAUAUAUUGAAAUCUUGUACACAUUUAUUAUAACGGGAUACAUCGGAGACUGAAUCCUACCAUAAUUAGUAUAUGGGAAUCAUGAACUCAAUUAUUUAGUGGUGUUUCUAGAUGAUACAAUAUCAGUGCAAAACUGGAUAUUAUUUAAUAUUUUAUGCAUUUGAUUGAUAACCUAACUCAAAGGGAUCAUAAAAUUGUUAGUAGAGCAAGAAUAUUGGAGUGAAUUCAUUGGUAGAGUUAACCUGGGAGUGCUCAACAUGAAUAAUGAUCCCAAAAGACCAAGACCAUACAAACCAGAAGACAUAGCAGCAGAAUUAGGCCAUUCAGCCCAUUGAGUCUUCCCUGCCUUUCCAUCAUGGCUGAAUAAUUAUUAUUCCCUUCAACAUCAUUCUCCUGCCUUCUCCCUGUAACCUCUGAUGCCCAUGCAAUCAAGAACCUAUCAACCUGCACUUAAAAUAUACGCAUAUGCAGUAACUUGAUCUCCACAGCCGUCUGUGGCGAUGAAUUUCACAGAUUCACCAUGCUCUGACUAAAGAAAUUCUUCAUCAUUCCUCCUCCAAAAAAGUAUUCCAUACUGUUGUUUAGAGAAACUCAACGAAGUACAAAUCACUACUUCUGAAUGCACAUAUUUCCUUCCAGACAAUUAAAGAUAUGUAAAUAUAGUAGUCAAUUUACAUGAUUUUUGUAUCAUUUGGAGUGGCAUGAACAUUUAUCUGACCCAGGAUAAUAUGUAAACAUGUGCAUGUGAUCUAACAGAGGUUUUAAAACAUCUAAACAGAAAACAUACAGACUUAAAAAUAAUAUUUUAAGAGGUGUUCUGCUUUCAGGAAAUUUAAUUUUUUCUGUAUCUUCUGUUAUGAUGAGGAUCCAUAUCCCUUGUCAAUUCUUAUUAGAAUUUUAGAUGUAGCUAUAAGAAAUCAAAAAUGGCAGAUUUUUAAAGAUCCAAAUAAUUAUUUAUAAUACCAGUUGAAGAAGAAUUGCCAAGAAUUAUUUUAAGCUGCUUUGGAGCCACUGUAGUGCACUGGUCUAUCUUUAAGAUGUUUUAGAAGCCUGUAGAAAAAUAUAAAGUGGUACUUCAGGGUGCAUCUGUCAAGCAGAUAAAAAAGUUCUGUGAAAAUCUGUCUUUAAUUUUAUAUUAUUUAAGAAUCAUCAUCAUCAUUAUGUGCUGUGUCAUGUGACAUAGAUGAUUAUGGUCUCAUGAUCAUGAUUGUUCUUAGCAAAUUUAAGAACCAUGGAAUGUUUUUUUUAAAAAGGAGCAGGAUGAUGUGAUUCCAGCCUCUUGAAUCCAGUUCACAAUCCAUAAAGUUAUGACUGGCCAUUUCCUCAGCUAUGCUCCAGCACUUCCUCCCCCAUUCUCAUACUCCUUGAUUCCAAUGAUCUGUUUAUCACAGCCUGAAUAUUAGCCAAUGACUGAACAUUAUAUAUUUUGAGUAAAAGAUUUCCACAGAAUCAUAAUCCUCCAAAUGAAGUUUUACCCGAAUGUAUUCCUCCUCCUUAUCCCUAGACUGUUGAAAUUAGUUCUAAACAAUUUCGAUCAGUUCAAGGAAAUGGCUGAUAAGUAUCCAGAGUUCCAAAUUCUUCCAGAACUUGCUUCAUCAUUAGCCACUGCUGAAGUCCCUGAAGACUGGAAGGUAGCUAAUGUGCUGUGUUGUGGAAGAAGGGCAGCAAGGACAAGCCAGGGAACUGCAGGUUUGUUAGCAUGAUAUUACUGGUGGGGAAGUUACUGGAGGGAAUUAUGUGGGACAGUACCUACCAGCAUUUGAAUAGACAGAGUCUGAUUAAGAGCAGCAUGGUUUUAUAUGUUGGAAGUUAUGUUUGUCAGAAUGGAGACUAGUGAAACAUUGUGAGCCACAGUGGUCAGUGUUGGGACCCUUGUUAUUUAUAUAAAUAAUCUGGAUAUGAAUGCACAAGGCUUGAUCAGCAAGUUUGCAGAUGACAUGAAAUUAAGACAUGAAAUUAAGAGGUAUUGUUGAUAGUGAAGAAGAUUAUUGUAGAUUACGGUGGGGGGGGUCUUGAUCAGUCAGGAAGUGGUCUGUUGAGUGGCAAAUGGAUUUUUAUACAAUAUGUGGUAAUGCUUUUUGGAAAGUGAAGCCAGCCUAGGACUUGUAUUAUGAAUGGUAGGCAACUAGGAAAUGCAACGUAUCUUAGAGACCGAGGAGUUCAAGUGUAUAGUUCACUGAAAGCAGCAUCACAGAAUUUCUGGGAGUUAAUCUGCAGCAGGUGAAUGAUAGGUGGAAACAGACGGAGAGAAAAGAAAACAAAAUAUGGAAGAAGGUAAGAGGGAGGCGAGUGAGCUAAACAGCAACACAAAGGUCUACCAGAGCUGAAUUCAGGUAAGUAAAGGAGGGGAAAAUGGAUCUAUUAGUGGAGAAGGGAGAGGUGAACGGCAGUUGGAAUUGGAACGGCAGGGGGAGAAUCUGAGUGAAGUUGUUAAAAGAAGAAGGUGAACAGGGUGCUGAGGGAGGGGAACAAAAAUGGGAGAACCAGAAGAUCAGAAUGAGAGGAGAGGAGAGAACCGGGGUGGGGUGAUAGGGAGAGGAAAAACAGAAAGAUUGUGGACAGGGUGUUUACCUAAAAUUGGAAAACUCAAUUUUUGUGCCAUUGGGUAAUAGACUCUCUAGAUUAUAUAUAAUGUGUUGCUCUUCCAGUUUGUGUUGGAGCUUCAGCUGGUGGUACAGAUGGUCAGGGUGGAAAUGGAGAGAGAACUUGAAAUCGUUUGCAAACUGAGCAUCAGUGUUAGUGAAGCAGUGGUUGAGUCUGUGCUUCAUCUUGCUGAUGUUGAGAAGACCAUAUCAGGAGCACUGAAUGCAGUAGGCAAGGUUAGAUGAGAUGCAUGUGAACGUUUGCCUCAUCUGCAAGGACAGUUUAGGUCCUAGAUGGUGUGGGAGGAGGUGUAGGGUCAAGGGUUACAUCUACAGUGAUGGCAGGGGAGACAGCCAGGAGUAACAGAAGGAACAAUGUGAAAGGAUAAGUGGACGAGAGAAUCAUGGAAGGUAGAGAGGGGUGGGGAUGAGAAGUGCCUGGUGGAAAUGAUGAAGGCCCAAAAGGUGAAACAUAAUACCCAGUGAACUCUAUCGCUGUUCUGUCUGGGAGGAGAUAGGAUGAGAGCUGAUGAUGGGAAACAAAGGAGGUGCAAGGUAGGGCUCCAUCAACCACAGCAGAAGUGAACCAAUACCUCCUGAAAAUGGAGACAUUUCAGAUGCCCUGGAACAUCUUGAGUGGAGAUGCGGUGGAGAAUGAGAAACUGGGAGAAAAGAACAACAUAGUUUCAAGAGACAGAUGGGAAGAGGUGAAGUCUAAGUCACUGUUGGGGUCAGUGGGUUUAGCAUAAAUACCAAUGCCUUGUCUCCUAAGAGAGAGACAGUGAGACCAGAAUCCUCACUGAUUGGAUUUGACAUGAGGUGUAUUUCACUCUAUGUUUCAAUGUACAUGGGGCAAAUAAAACUAAUCUAAUUGCUUGCUGUAACUACAUGUUAACUUUCAUGUCCAUGGAUACAGCAAACCUCUCUGAACAUCAGUGACAUUGAAGUAAAUAUUGAUUUUUCUUUUCUCUAUGUCACUACGAAUUACCUGAAAUUUUCUCAAGAUUACAUUCCAUCUGUCACUGUAUGUCAAUUUCCUUCUGCAGGCUCAAUAUCUACUCAGAACUUAGUUUCUCACUUAGAAUUAUAAUAUCAGCAAAUUUCUACUGUAUAUACUGGUCCUGGCCUCAUUAUUAAUGUUAUACUUGUAAAUUGUAAAUAUUGCAUUGAG